UUGGAAAUUAUAAACAAAGAAUAUAAUCUCCUGUUGUCCAAACAACUCCAAGAAGAAAAUGCUAAACUAAUAGCAGCUGUAGAGGAAGCUAAAAAGAAAUUGGUUCACUUGGAAGUUCAAAAUGGAGUCAAACAAAUACCACUUCCGAAUCAAAAGAAUACUUUACUGACGAGUUCUAUUGAAAACCCUAUAGAAACACCGACUCCUACCAUCCCAGAGCCGGUAACAAAACCUAAGAAAGAAAAAAAAGAAAAAAAAUCAAAUGAAUCGAAACAGGCUCCUGUCGAAUUGCCUGUUGAUGUUGGAAGGUUAGAUUUGAGGGUUGGUAAAGUAGAAGAAGUUCAGAGACAUCCAGAUGCAGACACACUGUAUGUCUUGAAAAUAAAUUGUGGUGAAGAGAAGCCAAGAACAGUAUGUUCCGGUCUUGUCAAGCAUAUUCCAUUGGAAGAACUGAACAACAGAAUUGUAGUUCUAUUAUGUAAUUUGAAACCCGUCAAGAUGCGUGGAAUAACUUCGGAAGCUAUGGUCAUGUGUGCUAGUAGUGAAGCCGGAGUUGAAGUGCUUUCUCCACCUGCUGACAGCGAACCAGGGGACUUAGUACAUUGUGAAGGUUAUACAAGAAAUCCAGAUCCUGUUAUGAAUCCCAAAAAGAAAAUAUUCGAAACUGUUGCUCCUGAUUUACAUACCAAUGACCAGUUGCAAGCUUGCUACAAAAACAUACCUUGGACUGUUUUGGAUAAAGGAUUUUGUGUUGCCAAGUCAUUAAUAAAUGUACCCGUCAAGUGAUUUGAUUGUACAUAUUUAUUGAAAUAAAAAAAAAUACUUCUUUAUCAUCCACACUACAAUAAAACAUUGGCAGUUUAA